UGCUUCAGCCUCCUAAUUGCUGGAAUUACAAGUGUGUGCCAUCAUGCCUGUCUCAGUAGUUUAAUUUCUGAUUUCCUAAUUUAAUCCCCAAAGGACAAAAUUACAACAAAUGUAAAGAUCACAGCCAUUAUUUGUGAGUCUGUAUAUUCUAACUGCUGAGCACAGGAAUGGGCUUUGCAGGCAGAAGAGGUAAAGAAAUCAGAAAUGGAACCAAAAGCAGAAUGGUCAUUUUGAAAUUCCUUUCCUGACCCCAAGCCAGAGAGCUCUUCCUUAUUGUGCUGCCUCAGGGGAGACUUUAACCCCACUCUUCUGGAAAACAGGACCCAGAGUUCACUAUGUUACACUCUCAGCACCCAGGGCUAAGUGUGGCUUGGUCUGGGGUCUGGCCAGGCCGGGGUGAGUCCAGAGUACCUUCCUCAGCAGUGUGAGGCCACCUUGCUGGUACCGUGGCGAGGUUAUUAAACUGGGAAGACUUUCCUGCUGGCCCAAGCUGUCCUAUGAAGUUGCACGGAAAGAGUGUGUGGAGUUUGUGACACAGAUAAACAGAGUCCCCACUCGGCCAAUUCCUCGCUGCCACCUCCCAGCUACUUAACAGUUCCCAGCCUCAGUUUCCUGGUCAGGCAAAUGGAGCGAUGACUGUGCCACCACGCAGAAUUGUGGGAAAAUCCCCCAAAACAACACAAAUAAAAAGCAUUUAGAACCAAGCCUGACACACAAGACGCAUUCAGCCUGUGUCAGGGAGCCAAAGUGACACAAAGAAAACAGGUAUGCGCUCAGGUGUGGAGCCCAGGUAAGCUGGCUUGUCCAAGUUCCACAAUCAAAAUGCAGCAAGAAAUAUGCACCAAACAGCAGUAUUUGUAUAGUACAGGAGGAAAGUAAAAUUUAAAAAUCAGUAAAGCUUUUUGGGACAUGCAAAACUAAUCAAACUACAUAAUCAAAUCUUGUCCUUCCUAAACGAAAGAUGCAUGGGUGUACUUCUCUCAGUGUGAGAAGGGGAACAGCCUCACGCCUCCCUCUCAAGGGGCAAAGGAACCGGCUGCAGUCAGGUCUGCUUGCCUGGCCGCGGCCAAUCAAAGCCCGCAGCGCAGCAACCAAGGACCCAUCCUCUCCCGCCUGCUGUCACCGCCUCUCACUUCUGUAGCAGGAUCCUCACCCUGCCACACGCAGUCCCACGCUGAAACUACUUCUCAAGCCUCUUAAGACUGCGUCCACAAUGCAGAGCCAGUCACCGGUGGUGGUCGUGACUCAACCUGGAUUUGUUGGUGCGCCCCAGAACUCCAACUGGCAGACGGGCAUGUGCGACUGCUUCAGCGAUUGCGGAGUGUGUCUCUGCGGUACAUUCUGCUUCGUGUGUCUCGGGUGCCAGGUUGCAGCCGACAUGAACGAGUGCUGUCUGUGCGGGACAUCUGUGGCCAUGAGAACGCUCUACCGAACCCGAUACGGCAUCCCUGGCUCUAUUUGUGAUGACUUCAUGGCCACCUUAUGCUGUCCCGUUUGCUCUGUUUGCCAAAUCAAGAGGGACAUCAACAGGAGGAGAGCCAUGAACAUAUUCUAAGGCACUGACGGUGAAAGAGCUACAGUUCAAGCGACUAAAAUCACCAGACAUCUCUCUGGCCUGAGUAUAUCUCUAUCUUCUGCAACUGGAAUAUGGAUAUUUUUAAUUAUGAUGAUAGCAUAAAAGAUCAGAUUUUUGAUUUAUUUUAUUUUUUAAUGAAUGUG